ACAAAAAAUAUGGGGAGAAGAAAUACAUGGGUAAUAUUAACGUAUGUAACAGUGCUAAUGAUUGAAGUCGAAUCAAGUCUUCACAGAGUAGGCGGAGGAAAAUACAACUGGAAUCCCGAUCUUAACUUCUCCGAUUGGGCCAACAACCAACGCUUCUACGCCGGCGAUUGGCUCUUUUUUGGGUUCGAUCGGACUCGUCACAAUAUCCUCCAAGUAAACAAGAGCAGCUACGAGCAGUGCAUCAAUGAUGAUUUUAUAUUCAACGUGACACGAGGAGGACGAGAUGUGUUUCAACUUGUUCAACCGAAGCCUUAUUACUUCAUUUGCGGUAGAGGUUACUGCGUCAAAGGAAUGAAGCUCGCCGUUAAUGUCCUUCCUCAACCGCCGCCUUCAAUUCCGACCGUUCCCAUCAUUCCAGCCUCAACAGCCAAUGCUCUCAUAAUAAACUUAAACGCUUUCACCGCUAUUGCUAUCACCAUUCUCAUGGCCUUCACCUUUAAAGCUUUAUACUUUGACUAGGCUUCACCAUUCUCACAAUCAAUAUGACUAUUACGUUUCUUUGUUGUAUCAGAUUUUGGUGCUUUAAAUUGAAACAAAAAGGCCACUUUUCU